AUGGACGGACUUGUUAUUUCCCCUUUCAUCGCAAACCUGCCGAAAGUUGAACUUCAUGUUCAUAUUGAAGGCACUUUGACGCCUUCUUUGCGCUGGGAAUUAGCCCGGCGUAACAAAAUUACACUACCGUACGAGAGUUUUGACGAACUUAAAGCCUCAUACGCCGUGACUCUCAACCAUCGUCCCGAGCUCAACGGUCGCCAGCCAGGAAUUCCAACAUUCUUGGAAGCUUAUUUCGCCGGUUGCGAAGUAUUGCGUACCGAGAAUGACUUUUACGAUCUUGCAAUGGCUUAUCUUAGCCGCUGUGCCACUAUGAAUGUUCGGUACGCAGAGCCUUUCUUCGAUAUUCAGGCACAUACGCGUCGCGGUGUUUCCGCCACCGCAGUUCUUGAUGGCUACUUGCGCGCCCAAAGAGACGCAGCAGCACAAUUCAAUGUGAAAUCGCAGUGGAUCAUGUGCUUUUUACGUGACGAGCCGGUGGAAGAUGGCCUAGCCGCAUACCAUGAGGCUAGGCCCUGGGCAGCCGGGACUGUUCAAGGUGGCAAGGGGCUUUUUCAUGCCGUGGGACUGGCAAGCAAUGCAUAUGAGAGACCUCCGAUGCUAUUCGAAGAAGGUUUCAAUCUGGCACGAGCAGACGGUCUUCAUAUCACUAUGCACUGCGACUUCGGACAAAAAGACACUCACGCCCAUAUGAACGAGGCUAUAUUUCAAGUAUGCGAAGGCAAGGGGUCGGAGCGCAUUGACCAUGGACUUGACGCAGAGGACCGCGAAGAGCUUUGGCGCGGUUUACUUGAAAGAAAGAUUGGGUUGACCUUAUGCCCCCACGCCUAUCAUCGGAGAACACCCACUGAAGUUCUGUUUCCCAAGAUUCGGAGACUCUUGGAAAAGGGAGUGAAAUUCUGCAUAAACAGUGAUGAUCCAACUUUAAUGCAUGACGUUUGGAUCGAAGGAAACAUGCAGAAGGUGUUUACUUACUGUGAAUUUAACAAGGCGGAGAUGGUAAAACUUGCGAGAAACGCGGUGGAUAUGUGUUGGGCCAGUGACGACGAAAAGGUUUCCAUAUACAGAGAGCUGGAUGAUAUUUCUGUAGUAUGA